AUGACGGUCAUGCAGAUUUGUUCCGCGACCGGCUGUGAUGUGAUAGGACUUCAGGAGACCCGACGAGCGGGGCAAGGUUCAAUUGCACACGACGGGUACGUGAUCAUUUGGAGUGGCGCCCGUGCUGGCACCAAGGACAAGAGGGGCGUACACGGUGUGGGCAUAGCGAUCAAGGAGGCCAUGUGGGAGAGUGUGGGCGAGGAAGGUAGGACGGUGGAGUGCAUUAGCCCGAGGCUGAUGAAGGUGGGGUACGCCCCCACGGAAUCUGUCUGCACCACCGUGAGCGGUGAUGUUAACCCCAAGGACUCCUUCUGGACUGCUCUCGACGCAGCGAUCCGGGAGGUUCACAGCCGUGACCAUCUCGUGGUGCUAAUGGACGCCAACGCACGUACUGGUAGGAGGCGAGACGGGUGCUGCGAUGCCAAGAUUAUGGGCGCGUACGGACGCGACAUUAUGAACAACAACGGGGAACGACUCCUUGGACUGGCGUCAGACAACCAACUCUCCCUGACCAACACCUACUUCCGGACACCGAAAGGUGGAGUGCAGCACACAUUCCAGAGCUCCAACAAGGGAAAGGAGAAGUACCGCCUCGACUUCAUCCUCAUGCGCUGCGAGGAAACCAUCGAGGCCACCGUGCGCAAACGGAGAUUGUGUUUCGCGGGCUUUGUUAUUCGCAUGGAGGACAACCGCCUCCCCAAGCGCAUGCUGUUUGAAGCGAUGGCGGGGGGCGGGGGAUACCGGGGCGGGCAGGAGAGCGACUGGGUGUCUCGUCUAGGAGAGGACCUCGUGGCCUUCAACAUGGGAGACGAAAAGGAAGGGGGGAAAUGGAAAGAGAGCGCCAAGAACUCGGAGGUGUGGUACAACAAGGUCGAGGACGGGGCGGCAUGGUUCAUGAGGAAAUGGCACAGGCAGGAGGCGGAAGCGUCCGCGAAGCGCCAGCGCGCGAGGGAAGCAGAAGCAGAGAGUACGACCAUCUCAGGACCGAAGAGAAAGAGAACCGGCGAAGCGGCGGUUGGGGGGAAGAAACGGCGACCGGGCUCUGCUGUAGAAGCGAGUAGGGCGGCCGAGGCAGCGCUUGUGGCAAACUAUGUACCCGGCUGA